AUGACAGCAAUCCAAGUUACCACUCUUGAGCAAUUCUCCCGCUUCUCUACCGACGCCUAUGGCAUCGAACGUCUCCUCCGCGGCCUCCAUGCCAUCGCCAUGGUCCUAGCCGCCUACUACGCCCUGAUCCCUCCCCUUUCCCCUCCUCUAUCCCUCUUCCAUCUCCCCCCACAAUACGUUCUCCACGCACUCGCCUCGAAACUAGGCUUCAUCCGCCGCCCGUUCCGUCUGUUUCGCUUUCUAGAGGCCUUCACGAACGCCUACGAGAGCUUCCGAGAUAGCCCUAGCUCCCUAGGUGACAGCAACACCUCCCUGCUGGCCACCGGGACCUGGGUGCUGGAUAUUCUGUCUCAGUCGUUCAUGGCUGUGUAUCUCUUGCUAGAGAGCGCGACGUUUCCGGACUUGUUGAUGCUGGAGGCUGGGGCUGAAGCGUUCUUUGGGAGGAAGGAGACUGAGAGGAUCAUUGCGGAGUCGCAGAAAUGGUGGUUUGUGGCAUUGGCGACGGGAGUGUUGGCUGGAGUGGGGAGGUUGUGGUUAUUGAGGGGUGCAGUGAGGGUUGGGAAGCGAAAGGGAGGAAAGGAUGGGGAUGAAGAGAAGAAGAAGGAGUGGGAGGAGAGCGUGAUUAGACAGAAGAAGUGGAAGAUUGUUAGGAAGAUGGCGGCUGAUGUGAUGGACCUGUCAGUGCCUGGUUCCAUCAUUGGAUGGGUGCCGGUUUCACAAGGGACUGUGGGCUUCUUGAUGUUUUGGAGCACGGUCUUGACGGCUUUGGAGGUGUGGGAGAGGUGUGGGCGGGAGAUUGCUGAGGCAAAAGCCGGCUUACUGAAGGAGAAAUCGGCGUGA